UAUUGUUGUUGAAUAAUGUGUACAUGACCAUCAUCUUUAUUCCGCCGUAUAAGUGCAGGUUUUAGGACUCAUUGGGGACUUUGUGGAUCGUGAGAUAGUGGUUAAUGCUUUAAUCCAAGGCUGUAUUUUCUUCAAGAUUUGUUAAGACUGUGGAUUGUUUAUUACAUUCUUUGGAGCAUUAAUUGGGGACUUGGAUUCUAUAGGAUUUCUCCAACAAGAUUUUAAUCUUUUCACAUAAACAAGCUGAUUAGUGUCAUAAGGAUUCAGAAGCUACAAGUAAGGCAAUAAGAUUCAAGAAUUUUUUCUCUGGUACAGCCAAGAUGACAGAUAUUAAUGGGAGCACAUCCACGGUCACAGAUAUCCGUGCACUGCACAAGGAAUGGGAUGAAGCAUCAUGCCCAAUCUGCAUGGACCAUCCACACAAUGCUGUUCUCCUUAUCUGCAGCUCGCAUGACAAGGGCUGCAGGUCUUACAUCUGUGACACCAGUUACAGGCACUCAAAUUGUUUGGAUCGGUUUAAAAAGCUGAGGGUUGAACCUAGAAACAACUCCUCAUGGUCCAGGUCAUCCUUCCCUGAAAAUACAGACAGCUUAAGACUUGGUCUGAGGACUCAUCAUGGAGAUUCCGAACCUAACUUUGAAAGUUCUGAACCCAAUUUUGAAGGUUCUAGAAUGAGAAAUGGCCUGGCAGAUGAAGUUCAUGCACGUUAUAGUUCAGAUGAAAAUAAUGAAGGAACUAGGAUUGGUUCACUUGAAGCUCGAGUAAAUAGCAGUGAAGAACCAGAUAGGAACCUAGAAACACAAGGUGAUGACAAUUUAGAGAUGGAUCCAGCUGAGUCAUUAAGGGAGAUGAGUGGUUGUGAAGAGGGGAAUUUAUUAGACCCAGGCUUGAACUUGAAAUGUCCAUUGUGCCGGGGGACUGUACGAGGCUGGAAAAUUGCAAAGGAGGCUAGACAGUAUCUUGACCUCAAACGCAGGGGCUGCUCUCGGGAGUCCUGCUCUUUCUUAGGAAACUACAGGGAGCUUCGAAGGCAUGCCAGGAGGGUCCACCCGACAACACGACCUGCUGAUGUUGACCCAUCUAGACAACGAGCUUGGCGGAACCUUGAGCAUCAGAGAGAAUAUGGUGACAUUGUAAGUGCCAUCCGUUCAGCGAUGCCAGGAGCCAUUGUCCUUGGGGAUUAUGUUAUUGAAAAUGGAGAUGGGCUCACUGUUGACAGGGAAAGCAGCUCAAGUGAAGGUAGUGGUCCAUGGUGGACUACGUUCUUCCUGUUUCAGAUGAUCGCCCCAGUUGGGGAACCAAGGGGCUUUUCAAGGGCUUGGACUAGGCAUCGCCGCUCAUCUGUUUCACUAUCCAGUCGCCGUAAUCUGUGGGGUGAGAACCUCUUGGGUCUGCAGGAUGAUGAAGAUGACUGGAAUGUGGCAAGUGAUAUUGGUGAAGAUGUUCCACCAGUACCAAGAAGGCGUAGGAGGCUCACACGAUCCAGGCCUAAUGAAGAUCCACUAUGAUGGUCAGAGCCUAGUUCGGAAGUGCCUGAAAAAUGAGAAAGGUUAUGCAUGGUUUCACUAAGCCUGAUGAAGUGCCGUGUAGUCAGUUACCCAACACAGCGUAACAUUGGUUAGAAGAACAUUCAGAAUUUGUUAGGUUCUCUUCUUAUAUACAAUUAUUGUGAUUUAAGUUCUACUGAUUCAGUUCUUGUUCGAAGUAUUCUCGAUUAUGUUUGCCAACAUGAAAGAGUAUGCAUGUAUGUAUGUAAUUUUUAUUAGUUGCUGGCUUGAGGAAGAAUCGCACCAAAAGAUUUGCCCUGGUUA